AUGGUGAUGGGCGGCUUCAUGCUCUACGUUGACGGUAGCCCGUACCAGACAUUGUCGAUCCAGAAGUUCAACGCUCUUCUGGAAGAGGGCGUCAUCGACUUUCCGAACAUUACGGAGUCCGAGAUCCAUGACCGAGGCCAGCAGAGUACAUUCCUGACAGCCGUCGUCGCGUUGCAGGUUUCGUGGUUCAUCAUACAAUGCAGCCCACGCUUCGGUCGGGACCUCUUCGUCAUCCAUCUGGAGUGCCUGGCCUUCGUGCUCCUCAUUGCGAACGCGAUGCUCUACUUCCUCUGGUGGGACAAACCUCUCGAUAUCCGUUACCCCGUUCGGGUGGACCUGAAGCAAGCAGUUCACAAUUUGGACAUCAUAGGCGAAGGACGUGUCACCGAUUUCAAACGCGAGGAGCGCAUUCAAAAGGAGAUUCUCAGGAGUGUAUUGGAGUCGCCACCGACGACCACAGGUGCGAAACCAAGGUCAUGGUUCUCUCAUUUCCUGUGGUUUCUACUCCAAACGUUCGUCAUAUGGCCUCUCAGGAGUAUAGGAAGAGACAUAUUCUUCAUCCAGUUCGGGUUCAAGGGGAGAUCCCCAGCCAUACCUGUUGGCGCACUGAGUGUGCCCCUCUUUUACUACCCUGAGACCACAAACAUCCCUCUCCACCUCUCCAUUGCCGUCACAAACAUCCUCGGAGGCGCGUUCAACUCCGCCAACUUCAUCCUCUUCACUCAGAUGUUUCCUUCCCCACAAGCUCAAAUCGCAUGGAAAACUGGGACGUUUCUUUCUGUAGGUGCUUCUGUUAUGGCCGUCGUACUUCACGCCCUGCUGCACGCGGGACGUUUUCUGCAUAUCCGUACGGACAGCCCGACAUACAUGAAGGUGCUAGGCUAUACGUUGGCUACUAUAGCCUUAUUCUUGUUCUUUCUCGGACAUGUGGCGUAUAUCGCAGGUCGGUUUAUUCUCAUCAUAGACGCUUUUGUUUGUUUGAAGAAUCUCCCAGAGAGUGCUGUGAUAGUAUUACCAUGGACAGCGUAUAUUCCACAUCUUUCGUAA